CGCGGUUGUUGGAGGUAGAUUUAAAGUUUGACGGUGUAACGCACAUGAAACUCCAAACCACUGACUUCUAGGUUUCUUAUUGUCUUUUAAAAGUAAACAUCAUAAUAAUGAAUCGUGGUUUAAUUGAUACAACUAGUAUCAAAAAUCAUUUACAAGCAAAAGAUUUGGUUGUAUGCAAUGAAAUCUCUACAUCAUUAGACGAGUUUAAGAAAUUUUUAAUUCAACAAAAAAAACAUCAUGAAGAAUUAUCAAAUUUAUCGCAUAACAAUUUAAUUACGUUACGUGAUGAUCUCAAAACUGUCAGUCAACAAGUUUCGUCUACAAUAUCCAAUCUUCGGCAGACAUCUACAACUAUUUCACGUUUAAAAACAGAAGUAUUAAAAGAAGAGAAAAAUGCCAGUCUAGCUCAUAAAACAUUCGAUCAUGGAUUGAGUAUUAAAAGUGAUAACAAUGAAUUAACAAGUUAUUUCAUGAAAAAAAUCAAUGAAUUCGAUACAAGAAUUCGAUUGUAUAAACAAGAAUUGGAAGUAUUUGAAGAGAAUGUCUACUCGCAGCCAUUAACACCAAUGACUCCACGAGAUCUUUUAAAUAUUUUGCAUUUAAUAGAUCAUGAUUUUAUUAAUCUUGCUGCUCAAUUGUAUACUGCACAUGAAAGUAUUAAGACAUUAAAAUCAAACUACUUAAAAAAGUAUCGUAUGUGCUAUGGUUCAGCACGUAAUCCAUUCGGUGAUAAUGAUGAUGAUCUGUAUUUUAAAAAUCAAACUGGAAUUGAUAAUUUAUUUGGAAAAGGAUUAAUAAGUAGAGGAAAAAAUGUUUCAUCAUUCUCUUCCACUCCAUAUGGUCCUUCACCAUUUCCAACAUCUGAACCUCCUGUUACAUCAAAUUCAAUUGGUAUUGGUAAUAUGGGAAAAGUUCCAAUUAUCCCAUCGUCAUCAUCUAUUGUUACGACUUUAAGUAGUAGUAAUGCAUUGACCAAUCCACAAUUUGGUACAGCUUCUUCUUCGCUUCAACCUAGUACAUCCUCCUUACUUCCACAAAUCGGUUCACUGACUAGUAGUGGAAUUGCUGCUUCUUCAAAUCCGACUGCUACAACCACAAGUUUAAUUAAACCAAUCUUUGGAUUUCAAUCAUCACUGGCUACUACUUCAACAACAAGUUCCAUUGGUAAAAUAGGACUAUAAAUUUUUAGUGUAAAGAGAUUGAUGAUGAUCACUUUUAGCAUUUUUGGAUUGAAAGUAAAUGUUGGAAAUUUUGUUUUUAGAUUUAUUUCAAUGUAUCUAUUAAUUUUUACAUUCUGACAGAAUUGUGUAACAAUUGUAUGUAUAUAUAUAUAAAUCUUUCAAUAUCAAUGAAUGCUUAUUUUAUUU